UGGAUGUGUGGGAUUUUAAAUAGCCGUCGGCCGGAGGAGUGAACCCUUGCACGGUGCCUGAUAAAGGCAGGGUACUUUCAUUAUUGGCUAUGAAGUUUGUCUAUCUGCUGCGGCUGCUGCUUGCGGCGCAUGCGCAGGAGAUUUGAUUCCGUUAGCUGUCAGUAGAAUGUUUUCCUCCCCUCUGUGGACCAAACUCAACGCAGCGAGCGGCUGGCUAGCUUACUAAAAGUGUCCAGAGGUGACGCGAAACGACACACUGGGAACUUUUUGGACUUUUUAAACGGCAAUAAUGUCUAUAAAGAGCUGUUUGCGGAGAUUUGAAUGCGAGUACAAACUUGGAAACUACCGCCGGACGCACUCACGGUAACGUAACUAACGGCUGCUGAAGUUGACGGUUUCUUUACAAGUUUGUCGCCGUCCUUUUUUUUUAAAAAAAGUGUUAGUUUAAAAGUUUUGUAAAUUUCAGCAAUGAAAAAAGUAUACUUGUAAGUGACUAUUAGUAAUGGUAGCUACUCUAUCGACUGGCGGAGCCUAGAGCCGGAGUCGGACAGGAUUUAAAGGAGCCGGACCGGUAGCCCGGCGGCUCCGUUGCGAUGGGCAACCGCGGGAUGGAGGAGCUAAUCCCGCUGGUCAACCGGCUACAAGACGCCCUGAGCAGCGUGGGGGAGAGCUGCAGCCUCCACCUGCCGCAGAUCGCCGUGGUGGGCGGACAGAGCGCAGGCAAGAGCUCCGUCCUGGAAAACUUUGUGGGCAGAGACUUCCUUCCAAGGGGUUCAGGAAUUGUCACUCGCAGACCUAUAAUCCUCCAGCUGCUUAGUGGUAACACGGAGUACGGUGAAUUUCUCCACUGUAAAGGGAAAAAGUUCACAGACUUUGAUGACAUCCGCAAGGAGAUUGAGGCUGAGACAAAUAGGCUCACAGGAUCCAAUAAAGGCAUCUCGUCGGUCCCCAUCCACCUAAGGAUUUACUCACCACACGUGCUGAACUUGACUCUCGUGGACCUGCCUGGUAUCACCAAGGUGCCUGUAGGCGACCAGCCAGCUGACAUAGAGUACCAGAUACGAGACAUGAUCAUGCAGUUCAUCUGUAAGGAAAACUGUCUCAUCCUGGCAAUCACGCCAGCCAACACUGACCUGGCCAACUCUGAUGCACUCAAACUGGCCAAAGAUGUUGACCCACAGGGCCAACGCACAAUUGGUGUAAUCACUAAACUUGACCUAAUGGAUAAAGGAACAAAUGCCCGGGAAAUACUUGAGAACAGGUUGCUUCCCCUACGCAGAGGUUACAUAGGGGUGGUGAACCGCAGUCAGAAGGACAUUGAUGGGAAAAAGGAUAUUAAGGCAGCACUGCUCGCAGAGCAGAAGUUCUUUCUGUCCCAUCCGGCCUACAAACACAUGGCUGAAAGCAUGGGCACCCCGUAUUUACAAAGAACACUUAACCAGCAACUGACAAACCACAUCAGGGAUACUUUGCCAGCUUUCCGCAGUCUUCUGCAGAGCCAGCUUCUGUCCUUGAACAAAGAGGCUGAAGAGUACAAACAGUACAGUCCUGAUGACCCUGCACGCAGGACCAAGACACUGCUACAGUCAGUUCAGCACUUGGCUGCUGACUUUGAGAAACUCAUUGAGGGCUCAGGCGACAAAAUAGACACUGUCAAUUUGUCAGGAGGGGCUAAGAUCAACCGAAUCUUCCAUUCGCACUUCCCCUAUGAACUGAUCAAGCUUGAGUCUGAUGAGAGGAAGCUGCGGCGGGAAAUCAACUAUGCCAUCAGAAAUAUUCAUGGUGUUAGGACAGGUCUAUUCACUCCUGACAUGGCCUUUCAAACCAUAGUGAAGAAACAGAUUUCAAGGCUAGAAGGGCCGUGCAUGAAAUUUGUUGACAUGGUCAGUCAAGAAUUGAUAACCACUGUGCACCAGUGUAUCAGCAAGCUCAGUUCCUUUCCCAAACUGCAAGAUGAGACUGAGAGGAUCGUAACCACUGAAAUACAACAGCAAGAGAGUAAAUGCAGGGAGCAGAUCUUGUUGCUAAUUGACAUACAGCUCGCAUACAUAAAUACCAAGCAUGAGGAUUUCAUCGGCUUUACUAACGCCCAGCAAGGCUUCAACCAAAUCAAUAAGAAAAUUGUUGCAAGGAUGGCAGGAAACCAGGGUGUGGCCCCUCUCUCAAGUCUAAUAGUCAUACGCAAGGGCUGGCUGACCAUCAGUAACAUUGGCUUCAUGAAGGGUGGAGCCAAGGAAUACUGGUUUAUCCUCACUGCCGAGAGCCUGUCCUGGUUCAAGGAUGAUGAGGAGAAAGAGAAGAAGUACAUGCUUCCCCUGGACAACUUAAAGCUCAGGGAUGUGGAGAGGGGCUUCAUGUCCAGCAAAUUUGUCUUUGCUAUCUUCAACACAGAGUUAAGGAACGUGUAUAAGGACUACAAAAGCCUGGAGUUGGCCUGUAACUCUCAAGAGGAGUUGGACAGCUGGAAGGCGUCUCUGCUGCAGGCCGGAGUCUACCCUGAGAAAGUCACCGUGGAUGAGCAGGGAAAUGGAGCCCCUGAAAACUUCACAGACCCCCAGCUCGAGCGCCAGGUGGAAACCAUUCGUAGCCUGGUUGACUCCUACAUGAGCAUCAUCUAUAAGACCAUCAAGGACUUAAUGCCAAAGACCAUUAUGCACCUCAUGAUCAACAGUGUGAAGGAGUUCAUUAGCUCGGAGCUCCUGGCUCAGCUCUACGCUCUGGGAGAAUGCUCAGCGCUGAUGGAUGAGUCACCAGAGCAGCAGAAGUACCGAGAGGAAGUGCUCCGCAAGCACGCUGCCCUGAAGGAGGCGCUCGCUGUCGUUGGAAAGAUCUCCACCUCUACCUGCACCACCCCUAUGCCUCCACCUGUGGACUCCUCCUGGAUACAGCCCUCCAGUCUAGCGACCAGUGGCAAGCCAGUGGUUCGUGGCCAGGCUCCAUCUGCUCCUCGGGUGCCCGCUCACAUUGGACCCACUCACUCCACAAGCACUGAUGGCCUUCAGCACCUCACGGGCCAGCCCAACCGCCCUCCACCUAGUGUGCCAAGGAGGCAACCUCCAGCCAUCCCAAAUGUGAAAUAACCGAACACUUUCUGUUCAGAACUCCAUUACCCAUCCACCCCCGUGAUCCAUCCAGCUGCAGCGGACUGCUACCCAGAGACACCCGUUGACCUGUGUGAUGUGUAAUCCAGCUGAAGCACUAUGCUGGGCUUCGCUCCGUCUCCUCUGGGAGCUGCUGUCUGCAAAAUUCACUGAGGCUUGAGCCUGUUUUGUACAUAAUAUCAUUGGCUAUAAAGGCUGGAAUGUGCUCGACCGUCUUCUGACUUUUCUCAAGUGCCUGAACUUUGUGUAAAUAAAAAAUAUCAAUUCAGAAGUAUUACUGCAAAAAGAGAAUACACAUGCACUAUUUUUACUGUUUCUGAAUAAACAGGUAUUUUAUUUUUGAACAUGUA